AAAAUCUAUUAUUUUCCUCGGCUUGCAGAGUUCAAAGAUUCUCCUAUCUUCUCCCCUCUAUCACAAACCUUCCUUCGAAAACAGGGAAUAAAAAAAAGAAAACCCUAACCCUAGAUUUCCUCUCUCGCAACUCCAUGGCUGGCGACGCCCAAGACUCGCACAAGCACCAUCGAUCGCCCUCCGACGACGACACCGAUAAGUCCUCCAAACGGCACAAGCACCGCCAUCACCAUCGCCACCGGCAUCACCAUCACCGCCACAGCAGUCGAAAGCGUGAUGAGGAAAUUGAAGCUCCUUCUCCUCCGCCAGCUCCUCCCUACGCGGCGCAGAAUUCACUGCCCGAUGACGAUGUGGAGGAAGGGGAAAUCCUCGACGAGGAGGGUUUCGGUGGCGGCCUUGACGGAAUUCCGAAGAAGAAAUCGGAAUCUGACGCCGAGUCUGGUGAAAUUGAGGCCUCCGGAGUUCGCGAUCAUUCUGAUAAACGAAAUCUGGGACUUGGUAAUGGUAAGGAGUCUCCUUAUUCUGAAGCAACAAUACCAGUAAAAGAGACCAAGGGGAGUAGUGUUAGAAAAUUGAGAACAUUGGAAAUAGACGGAAGUGAUGACAAAUUGGCUGCAAAAGAUGAAUUAGGUUACGGAGAUAGUUCGGUGGGUAAUGUUAAUGGGGCUUUAAACUCCCGAUCUCAUAGGAGGCAGAGAGAAUCUGGGUCACCUUCCAAACGGAGUAAUGAUAAAAGGAGUUACUACGAUGAUGGAAAUAUGGAGGUCGAUGGAAAUGAAGUUGGAAAUCAAAUGAAGUCAUCUUCUCAGAGCACUGGAGAAAAGUACAAGGGGGUGACACCUUCCCCUUUGGACAAUAGCUAUCAUCAUAGAGGACGUGAUAGGAGCAGAUCAAGGUCGUAUGAUCGUGCAAAAGAGAGGUCUCGUUCACAUAGUGUUAUGGAAGAUGAGGCUUUCUCUAGAAAGAGACGCUAUCUUGCUGAUAAAAGCAGGACUACAUAUGACACAGACAGUGAUAGGACAGUUCACGGUCGUGAUGUCACAGAUAUGGUGAGGGAUGAUGAUAGGAAACACAGUCCUGGUUAUAGAAGCAAAUACAUCGGAGAAGAGGACAAACAUGGCAACAAAGAGGCUAGGACAAGAGAAGAGAGCAGGGAGAGGGAGGGGGACAGAGAUCGGAAAAGGGAAAAAGAACGCGCAAGGAGUCGAGACAGAGAUAUUGAUAGGGAUAGAAGAAGGCAGAAGGAGCGAGAAAGGAGUCGGGAUAGGGAGUCAGAUAGGGACUGGAGAAGGGAGAAGGAACGAGAAAGGAGUAGGGAUAGGGAAUUGGAUAGGGACAGGAGAAGGGAGAGGGUGAGGUAUAGAAGUAGGGACAGAGAGGUAGAUAGAGACAGAAAAUAUGAGAAGGAAAGAGAUAGGAGCAGGGAUAGAGUCAAUUUUGUUGAGAGAAGCAGAGAUAGUGAUAGGGAAAGGAGGAGAGAGAGGGACAAGUACAGUGAUGGAGUCAUGGAGCGCAAGCUGGAGAGGCGAGAUGAUGGGAGUAGGGAUAAGUUAAGGGAUAGGGAGAGGGACAAACAUGAAAAUGACAUCCACAGAGGACAAGAUGGGUAUAGACAUUCUAGGAGCUUAACAUAUGAUGAAAGGGAUAUCAGUAAAGAUGGAAGCGAAAAAGUUUAUCCGACAAGAGUUCAGAGUUCAAAAGCUAAUUCUUUAGAAGUGGGUGAUGACAUAAUGAAAAGGGAUGAAGACAGACAAGAAGAUUUUGAAGAGACAUACACAUUGCAACUUGUUGAACAAGAGGAGGAAGAUCUUAACCGAAUUAAGGAGGAGAGUCGAAGGAGAAGGCAAGCAAUCUUAGAAAAGUACAAGAGUCAGCAGUUACAGCAACAGAGUCAGACGGGGGCUAAUUUAGAGGAUGCAGCCAAAGAUCGUCCAGGUCCAUCAACAGCUCCUUCCAGUUCUCGUCAAGAAAUUGUUGAUAGUAAGACUGGAGGCAUUGAUGUCUUUGCUGAUGAAUCAUCAUUUUCUGUGGGAAAAUCAACUCCACCAAAUGGAGCUGCUGUUUCUGGUGGGACUCUAGGCACCAGAGGACUUGGAGAGGGUACUCCAAAGAGUGAGAGGUCAGAUGGAAUGUUCUGUGAUGAUAUAUUUGGCGAGACCCCAACUGGUGUUCGUAAAUCUGGAAAAGGUGAUGGUGUACGGAUUGAAAGGAGUGCUCUUCAUGAUAAUUGGGAUGAUGCUGAGGGUUACUAUAGCUACAGAUUUGGUGAAUUACUUGACGGUCGAUAUGAGAUUACUGCUGCCCAUGGGAAAGGUGUCUUUUCGACAGUAGUCCGUGCAAAGAAUGUUAAGGCCGUUGAUGGGGAACCAGAAGAAGUGGCAAUAAAAAUUAUACGUAGUAAUGACACUAUGUAUAAGGCUGGUAUGACUGAGCUAGUCAUAUUGAAGAAAUUAGUAGGUCAAGAUCCAGAGAACAAGCGUCAUUGUGUUCGGUUUCUGUCAAGUUUUAAGUACCGGAAUCAUCUUUGUUUAGUUUUUGAAUCUCUUCAUAUGAAUCUGCGUGAGGUUUUAAAGAAAUUUGGACGCAAUAUUGGUCUCAAGCUGACUGCUGUCAGAGCAUAUGCUAAGCAACUUUUUAUAGCGCUGAAGCAUCUCAAAAAUUGUGGCGUUCUUCAUUGUGAUAUCAAACCCGAUAACAUGCUGGUAAAUGAAGCAAAGAAUGUGCUGAAACUUUGUGAUUUUGGUAAUGCCAUGUUUGCCGGUAAAAAUGAGAUUACACCAUACCUUGUUAGCCGCUUUUAUCGUGCUCCAGAAAUUAUUCUUGGCCUGACCUAUGAUUAUCCACUGGAUAUUUGGUCUGUCGGCUGCUGCUUAUAUGAGCUAUAUACAGGAAAGGUUCUUUUUCCAGGCGCUACAAAUAAUGACAUGCUACGACUUCACAUGGAACUCAAGGGCCCUUUUCCGAAAAAGAUGCUACGGAAGGGAGCUUUUACAUACGAACAUUUUGACCAAGAUCUGAACUUUCAUGCUACUGAAGAGGAUCCUGUCACAAAAAAGGCGAUCAAGCGGUUAAUCCUCAACAUAAGACCAAAAGAUAUUGGAUCAAUUAUUGUGGGUUCUCCGGGUGAGGAUCCAAAGAUGUUGGCCGAUUUCAAAGAUCUUCUAGAUAAAAUGUUUGUUUUGGAUCCAGAUAAGAGGUUGACAGUAUCUCAGGCAUUGAGCCAUCCAUUCAUCACUGGCAAGUGAACCCUGUUGCUGAUUUCAGACUCCAGAAUUCCUGUUCAGCUAGAUUUUUGUAGAUUAUAACAUAAAUCAUGCUCAGUUUCUAAUCCUUGGGCAUUGUCUCUUCUCUGUGAUGGCCGGAGUGGAGAGCUUUUGACACAGUUUGGUAUUGCUGAAGUCAAAACUCAAAAGGGGUGAUGUUUGGUUCAGGAGUACUCAUGUGGCGGGUUUCUUUCAGUGGAGUGUACUGUUUCUAUAGAUUUCUUCCACUGCUUUGAGGGAACCUACAGUGCUUAGAUGCUUUAAAAGGCACCCAGGAGAAGGCACGUGCAUUGGAGGGUGCAGCUGCUGCAUUGAUGUCCCCCUUGGUUAUGGCCCCCUAUGCGCGUGCAACAAUUGUAAGUAUGUGCAAACCUUGAUUAUAUAUCUCUGCCUCUUGGUAAUACUCUGGUUUCUAUUUUAUGAUAUUACGUUUCUUGUAAUGUCUAAUAAUCCCAAGUUAUGCAAGAGUUAUGAGUUCCAUACACUGCAUCUUUAGCAUGUCUAAACACUACGUUAAUCUCGUGUGCAGUCUAUGUAAAUGUUGAAGGAAUAGGAUUUUAUUGAUCUACCUAGUAUGAGAUCACUUGUGAGCUGCCGGGUUGUAGAUAUAGGCUUUUUGGUUCUUAAUUAGUACGUAGAAUUAAAAGGAAGUUUGGUAUUUGAGAUAGAUUGACAAGUAGAAAAGAAAUAACAUGAAAUCUGAGUUUGAUUUCAUUGAUGGUGUUUUACAGCACGUCGUUGCUUGUACUAUGUUAUGGGUAGCGAACUUUAGUACUUCACAGGCAACGAAUGUGGGAUUCCCAGAAUCGUAUUUUUGCGUGUAAUACUAGGGUUGGGGUAAAACGGGUCUUGCACACUUUGACUGCUGAUGGACAUAGGUGAAUUGGUGGGUUAGUCUUUUAGAAUUGAGAAGGUUUUCUUUUUAGUUGCAGGACCUAUUUACAGUCUCAGUUAAGUUUUAGCAUCAACCAUUGUUUCAUAUGGCAUUUUCAAUCAAUGCCACUGACCGUUUAGUAAAUUGAGUUUACUUGUCAAUUUUAUUGUGCGUGUAGUUUUGGUUUCUUGGUGUCAUAUUGGUCUUUCCUCUCGAGUGCCUCAUUCAGUUUUACGCAAGGACUUGCUUAGUUUAUCACGGAAUGAUGGUAGUUAAUUUCUAAUUCAACCGGUCUCCUAUUCUGUCUUUUAUAUUUCUUGUUGCUGUUUACUGAUUCACGAGCUUUUUGGCCAUAGGUUUUUUUAGCUUUAUGUGAGAAAAUUUCACAAAA